AUGUCUUUUUUACUGGCAUUGAGGUCAAAGGUAUCUGAACUUGGUCUCUUUGAUCAGGCAAAUGCUGAGAAGAAGCCUAGUAGAGACGAGUUAUUCAGAGACGAGUUUCAUUUACCUGAAAGCCAAACAAUUCAAAUUGACUCGGCCGCUGAGGUUUCAUUACACUAUAAUGAAACCGCUAAGAACUCCCAAGAUUUUUCAAGUCCAACCACCAGUCCAUUGGUCAAUGGUGAAUCUCACGUAAACCAUAAUGACGUAUUCUGGUCAGGUAGGCUCUUUUUGACCGAACAGUACUUGAUAUUCAAAGAUGGCUUCAAUGGGCGUGAUUUUAAUUUCACCAUUCAUUUAUCAACAAUUAGAAAAGUUGAACGAUUGCCCCUGAAAUCCUAUGUUUUUGGAUUGAUUAUCACUACGUUUUCUGGGUUGCGUCUUACCAUUCAAUUCAUUGGGAUAAGGUCCAAUUCAGAACGGUUCUCUCUAUUAUUGAAAAAAUCUUUGGACACAAACUUGGGUUGUGUCAAACAAUUGAAGCCAUUCUUAAAGACGUUAUAUUCUGAAUAUUUAAUGUUCAAGAACUCUCCUGCUGGACAAGAUCUGGAUUUACAAAUUCCGGCUGGCGGUUUAGGCUUGAUGUUCAAGUUUCCGGGAAAUACCAAAAAGUUGAGAGAUAAAUCAAAGAUGAGGUUGUGGUUUGAGUUCAUGAAAGUCAAUGGCCGCAACUUGAAUAUCGUGAAACAAGAAAUGUUUUAUAAGUUGAUCAGGGUCGGCUUACCAAACAGACUAAGAGGAGAAAUUUGGGAACUAUGUUCUGGGUCUAUUUAUUCUAGAUAUGAAAAUAUAGGGAUUUAUCAACAGAUCUUGGAUGAUAAUGCCGAUAAGACCUCAAUUGCCAUUGAAGAAAUUGAGAAAGAUUUGAACAGAUCGUUACCAGAGUACGCAGCUUAUCAAUCAGAUGAAGGGAUCUCCAGAUUGAGAAGAGUAUUGACAGCUUAUUCCUGGAAAAAUCCUGAUGUUGGAUACUGUCAAGCAAUGAAUAUCGUGGUGGCAGAAUUGUUGAUUUUCAUGUCCGAAGAGCAAGCGUUCUGGUGUUUAUGUACUUUAUGUGACAAGUACACUCCUGGAUAUUAUUCAAAAACUAUGUAUGGUACUUUAUUAGAUCAAAGGGUGUUUGAAGCCUUGGUCGAGAAAACCAUGCCAAUACUAUGGGAGCAUAUAACACACAAUGAUAUUCAAUUAUCAAUCAUCUCAUUGCCAUGGUUUUUGUCAUUAUUUAUCAAUUCUAUGCCUUUAGUUUUCUCGUCUAGAAUCAUCGAUAUAUUAUUCUUGCAAGGCCCUAGAACCUUAUUUCAAGUUGCUUUAGCCAUUAUGAGAGUUAAUGGAGAAAAAUUGUUGAAAACUACAGAUGACGGUUCUUUUAUCCAAGUUAUCAAAAAUUAUUUUGGGAAAUUGGAUGAAUCAGCACACCCAACCUCCAAAAACGAAACCUAUAGACAAAUAACCAACUUUCAAGAAUUGUUGGUGGUUGCUUUUAAGGAAUUCCAAGAUAUUACCAAUGAUACAGUCAAAUCUUAUCGUAGAAAGCAUAAGAAUAGUGUUUUCCUGAACAUUGAAAGCUUCAUUAAACGUACACAAAUUAGAAACUUACCCAAGCUACCAAACUUGGAUACCAAUAAUUUAUCCAAUAUUUACGACAGAUUUUACCAGGUCUUAGAAACGGAUAAUAUUCAGAAGGGAACUGGAUCCAGUUUGAUGAAUUUUGAGCAAUUUGAAAAGUUCUUGUCCCAAAUUACCGGCUGGGUUAUUGUUUCAAACGUGGCAGACAGUAAGAACCAAGAGGAAUUUUUGCACCGUUUAUUCGUCUCUUGGGAUUCGGAGUUUCAAGGGGGUUUGGCGCUCUCCGAUGUUGCUAUAGGUCUUAACAAAUGGACUUAUAAUGACUUAAUGUCGAUGAUAAAAACGUUUUUUGAUUUGUACGAUUCUACAGGAUCUGGAUAUAUUGACAAAGAAGGAAUGUUGCAAAUGUCAGAAGGUAUUAUUUAUUUGACCAGACCGUUAAGAGAAGGCUGGGUGUUUGAUUCCAUCACUCAAAGGGAAAUUGACCAAGUAAUUGCCAAAAGAAUGAAUGAAUACAAGAAAUUAUUAGCAGAAAAUCCAGAUAACGAAGACGUUAUUUCGCCACCGAAUCUAACUGUGGAUGAGCAGUUUUAUAGACACAGACAAGGUGAACGUUAUUUGUCUGCUGCUAGCAAAUUCCUUCAAAAUUGCUUUUCUUAUGCCAGACCUGAACAGGAGAUUGAUGAACUUAAAACAGAAGACCAUCUUAUCAGCAUUCACGAUGAUGAUAGAAAGUCGGAUUAUGGAGAGUUAGCCACAGAGGAAUAUAUUGAUGAAAAAGAUAAGAAAAAGUCACAAUCUUUGAAGGCAAAUAAGGCGUUAGAUCCAGAUCAUCCUUUGGCAAUGGACCUUCCAACUUUCAGAAUGGUGAUUUUGGCUGAUGAGUCAUACGAAUUAUUCUUUGGAGAAAUUCUUGCCAGCUCCAUCGAUAUUAAUAAGCCGAUUAAAAAUGCUCAAUCGCAUUUUAAUAUCCGUAAUAUGUUUGAUACUCUUGUUGCCGACGGUAGAAAAGUUGCUAAUGAAGUUAGACGCCGAAUUGACGAUGUGCAAAGCAUUACCUCUCCAACUGCUUCAACAUUCAAAAGAUCUAGGGCCACCAGCUCUGCGUCUAAGCAUCAGGCCUCAGUUGAUGAAGAAGAAGAUGACGAUUUCAUUUCUUCUGAUGUUGGAACAACUGAUACUGAUUUGCUCAAGGGAGCUGAAGUUAAUGUUUUAAACGAAUCUAAGGAUAAUGCGAAAGAAAAAGAAGCAAGCUCUGCCUGA